AUGUCAACUCAAUCGGAUCUAUGGCAAGGGUUGUCAACUCAAAUGAAAGAAAGUACUCGAUGGUCGCAGACUAUAUUUCAGUGGAAAAAAACCAUGGAUCGCCUCACUAAAAUUCUUUCAAAGCAUCUUUACCAAGUUGACCUUGAAGCUGUUGAUUUAAAUCGCCGUCUUUCAGAAUUAUCAAUAUCAGAAAGACAUCGUCGCAAACCAUCUAAAAAUCGAACACGGCAUUUGUCGUUAAAAGAUUCACGACAUAAAUCAUCCGGCAGUAAUUCGUCACGAGAAGAAAUUGUUUCACCUGAUUAUAGUAGCACGAAAUCAGCAUCAGAGAUUAAAACUUCUCGGAGAGUAGCGAGCAUGCAUCAGGAUGAUUCAAAGCUUUUAGGCGGACAAGCCUUACUUAAUUUUGUGAGUAAUGGAUUCAAUGCAAAUAGUGAAAUGCCAAUUGAAGAAAAUAGUGGAGUAAAGUCAAAUCGAACAUCAACUUCUUCUGCACUAUUUGCACAACCAAAUUUUAGCAGUGACAGAAUUUCAUCAUCUUUGGCUAAUUUUAAAAGUCCUGAAUUCUUAAGUUUGGAUUCAUUACCUUGGAAUUGUGAAAAUUCUUUAAUGAUAUGGAAAAAUAUGUUAUGUGCUUUGGGCAAUAUUCCACCAAAUCACUCCGACGCGAUAAAAGGUUUAGUUCAUCUUUGGGAUACUCUCAAUUUGAUCCGCGAUAAUCAACCAUAUAGUAAUGUCCCGCUGCCUUUACUUUAUGAAUUCGCGCCUUGGUUUCUAGAAGCAUGUGAUAUGCCUUUGGCUUUCGCUCCUGGUCGAGCUCUCGCUUAUGGGGGCAUUUGCAAAAUGAUGUCACGAAAGCAAGAUCAAGAAGUUCCAAACAUCUAUUAUUCGCAUUUUUAUCGAGCCUUGCUCAAAGGGCUAUCAGACACUGAUACUUCGAUAACAUAUGCUAUUAUUAAUAAUUCUACGAGACUAUUUGCGCAAGUAUUGCCGGGAAGCAAUAUUCUUUUUUAUCGAUUUAUUGAAAGUAUUCUGAACCUACUUACAAAGCAUGAUCGGUCUCAUCUGCCUGAGUCGACACGUCAAAAUGCAAUUACGAUUCUGUGUUCGUUGAUUUGUAUAUUGAACCAAAACCCCGAUCUUAAAGUUCCAAUAAUACCAUAUCAUAAAUUGACUAAAUUAAAAAUGAUCGAUUUGGAUAGUUCAUCGUUUGAUCAUAAAGAUAGCAUUUCUUGUUCAGAGUUAAGAUUGAUACUUGUGGAAAUUCUAGUCCAAGCACUUGCAACUGAAGAAAAUAUACACAAUCCAGAGACGCAUAUAAUGAUAUUACAAGGUAUCUGUACACUCGCUUUUGACGAAGUCACCUCGACUCCUAGCCCUGCUAAAACUAUUGUCAAAGAAUGCUUCUCUGCAUUAUUUGAUCAAUUGUAUUGGAGUCAUUUGCCAGUGGUAUGUGCUGCGGCUGAUUGUUUGAUUGUGUUUGCACAAAACUGCAGCAUUACUUGGGAUGAUGAUGGGAUGUAUCUGAUGGUUCUUCAAGAUCUUUUUGGCAAUCUAAUUGGUGCUUUAAAUGAACAUUUAAAUUUACAAAGAGGAGCACAAAGAAAUGGACGAGGAUUUAUCAUUGCAAAAUUAUUUUAUUGUUUGCUUGAAUGGUUAAUGGUGAUACCUUCUAAGCUAUUUACCGAGACUGAAUUAUAUCAACUCGUGUUUGAGGCGAUAGAUUUGGCUUUUGAAAUUACUGGGAAUGAUUCGCCAAGAUACCAUGAUAAGUUACUUCCAAUUCCACCAAACAAAAGCAGAGGCAAACGUCAUAUUCACGACGCCACAGUACGAUUCAAAAAAGCUGAUCGCAAAAUAUCUUUGUCUGCUAGCCUGAAUAAUGAACAUGGUGUUCAUGUUGUUGGCGCCGACAGCAUUGAAGAUCCGGAACUUGUAAAGGAAAUUGCUGAAUGUGUCUUACUACAUUUAACCCAUCAUCUUGAUAAUUUCGCACCUCCUCAUGGGCCCGCAAUGACUAACAG